GCCCAGGGCUUGGCGUCCCGGGCCGCGCCGCGGCGCUGUGCAUUGUGGGAGUUGUAGUCCACCCGAUGGCGCCGGAGCGUGCCGCCGGUUGCUAGGUGACGACGCCAAACAGCCGCGGCGUCCUGCCUACCCGGAGCUGACGGACGACGACUGCCAACACCUUAGCCCCAGCUGGCCCAGGAAACUACUGCGGUGGCAGGUGGCGGCGGCAGGAGGGCUCGGCUGCCCCGAGCGCCCGCCAGGCUUCUGCCCUAAGAAGAUGGCCUGCUAUGGAAAAUGCAUUGAAACUGUGAUCGAGCAACUCGACAAAUUUACACCCAAGAGGGACAACCCUGAGCAGUUCCUGGAGGCUGCGGCCACCUCCCUGCAGGCUCUGAGCCCCCAGAAGCAGAGCUUUGUUCUGGAGGUUCUGUCUGGGUGCCUCGAGUACCGGAAGCUGCUGACCGUCGUGGUGGAUGCCUUCUACGUGGAGGAUGGCCGACUCUGCCUGCGGGUUGACCACAGCCGCUUCGAGGUGAUCUGCUACCUAGCCACAUUCCUGCUGGAGGAACUCGGCUUCCAGCUGUUCUGUAACAUCAUCAAGUCCCAGCCCGUGGAUAAAAUGUGCAAGUUCCUCAGGUUCUUCUUCAACCCCCUGCACCUGUGCUCAUGGAUCAAGGACGAGUGGAGCCUCAUCUACGAGCCGGCCCACGUGAAGGAGAACUGGAUCGAUCCCCUGAUGAGAUGGCAGCCAGAGGUCCAGGAGCUGAUCAACCACCUGGAGGGCGUGUCUGCCAGUCAAUCCUCUCCUUUAAAGACCAAGGCCAAGGUCACAGAGCCCAAGGAAUUCAACCUGACUGCCCCCAGGCCCCGCACCAUUCCAGCGCCCGAACCAGUCCCGGUCGUGGCCAAGCCGAGACCCGUCCCCCAGAGCACCUACCAGCCACCCAAGGAGCAGCAGCAGCUGGAGACAGUCAAGAGGUACAACCGCCGAAAGGCCGAGGAGCUGCUGCUGAGGGCAAACAUGGAGGAACUGCGCUGCGCCAUGCCCAGGUCCUGCAGGGAGCGAGUGCAGGGCUCCAAGCAGCAGCUGCGGCUUCAGAUCCCACCCCGAAUCCGAAAGACUCCGAAGCUGACCUUCUAUAGGCCCGACAACAUCCUGGUCAAGCUGAACACCACAGCCAUCCUGCGAGAAGGGGCCUUGUACCAGCGGCAGGUGGAGCAGGAGCUGCAGAGGGUUGAUAAGCUCGUGGACGGGGCUGGGGACUUCUCUGAGUUCUUCGAGUGGCAGAAGAAGAUGCAGGCGAAGGACCGGGAGGAGCAGCUGGCUGCAAGCGAGUGCCGGCGGUUGCAAGGGAAGCUUAGCCAUGAGGAGGCCGUCCUAGCCCGGCAGAGCCUCAUGCAGGAGAACAAGCAGAGGGUGGAGCAGCAGAAGGAGCAGAUGGCCAAGCUGAUGCUGCAGCGUGCAGAGAGACGGCUCCGGGAGGACAGGUCCAGGAAGGAGCUGGUGGAGCAGGUGAUAGAGGGGCAGAAGAACGCCAAGGCGGCCCAGACGAAGCUCGCGAAGGGCCGACAGCAGACAGUUCAGGAGGCGAUUGAGGAGAGUAGGGGGCUGCUGCAGCGCAGGGCGCAGGCAGCCCAGGAGGAGCAGCGGCGCCGUUGUGAACUCAUCUCCCAGCUGCGUGCACUCGAGACACAGCCCACGCGCAAGGGCAAGCUCGUGGACCUGACCCAGAUCCCCGGCUACGGCCUGGAAGGAGAGAUGUCCAUAGUGGAGCUGCGAGAGCGGCUGGCCCUGCUCAAAGAGAAUCAGCGGCGCAAGGAGGAAGAAAAGCGGGAUCAAAUCAUUCAGGGCAAGCGUGCCAAGAGCCAGGAACUGCAGAACACGGUGGAGCAGAUCUCGCUGUGCCGUGCAGCCAUGGGGAGAUCCGCAGCCUUGAGGUGGGAGGAGGAGAAGGCCCUUGCGGCGGCCCCGGCGGCGCCCUCGCAGGACGAGCGCGUGCAGCAGCUGCGGCGCAGGAUCUCGGAGAGGGCGGCCGAGCGCAGCAGGCAGGCGGCCUUGCUGCACGUGUCAGCGCCGCGGACAGCGCGCCCCAAGCCCCGGGCGCAGCUAGAGGCGCAGCACUGGCUGGAGCUGGAGCGGAGCCGCGAGCGCAGGCUGCAGGCGCUGCAGCAGGGAGGCUCAGGACCCGGGCCCGCGCGCCGCCUGGAGGCCGCCUGAGCCGGGCCGAGCGCGCCCCACCCGCUUGCGGGCCACCCCCUACACCCACCGCCCCAAUAAAGCGUGCGGCCCGCGG